ACAAACACACGUAGCGCACGCUUGUUGGGAUCCGCGCGCUCUUUCCUAUCCAUGACAGAGGCUGCAAUGACCAUCAAGAAAAGUAAAACCGUCCUUUUUGAAAGACGUGCGGGGGAUUUAACUGCGUUGUAUUGUAUGAAUGAUUGGAUGAUCACAGUGGUGGUGGCUAUUAUUGCCAUGAUGUCUGUAUGGACUGCACUCAUCAUAUACAGAUAUAUACAGACAGCGAGAGGUAAAAGAAGAAAGUUUGAUGACACUAUUCUGGAAACUGAAAAGGACGAAAAUGAGACGACAAACGAAGAAAAAAGACUAUCCUGUGUCGAGUCAACAGAGGAGAGUGAAGAAGUUCUGCCAGAGACACUGGAGAGCUGGGAUGGAGAGGGAUGGAGGAGAGAGCCAAUGGAAUGGAUUCCAACAACCAAUGAGGAUGUAGAACCUAUUGAGGGGAUCCCAACAACAACCAAUGAGGAUGUAGAACCCAUUGAGGGGAUCUCAGCAACAACCAAUGAGGAUGUAGAACCCAUUGAGGGGAUCCCAACAACCAAUGAGGAUGUAGAACUCAUUGAGGAGAUCCCAACAACAACCAAUGAGGAUGUAGAACCCAUUGAGGGGAUCUCAGCAAUAACCAAUGAGGAUCUAGAACCCAUUGAGGGGAUCCCAACAAAAACCAAUGAAGAUGUAGAACUCAUUUGA